AUUAAACUAAUGAAAAAGGGAGCACGCAAUACUCGCCGCAGCCACACUUGGUCGCAGUCUUCUUUUCCACACUGCCAAUUCUACAAUUCAAGUAUUGAACAUCAAGAUCACACUCAGUCUCACCUGUUCCGAAUCGAUUCAGAUUCAGAUUUGAUUUAUUAUUAUGGCUUCAUGCUUCAGAGGAUCCGUUUUUCCGGUUUCUCCUUCCAAUGUUACCACUAACAAAAAUACCAGGUACUCUUGUUGGAAGCCUACACAAGCAGCUGUGAAAUCCACUUUCCAUCUCCCAAUGCGCAGUUUUGAGAUGAAAAAUAGGACUUGUACUGAGGACAUAAAAAGUCUGAGAUUGAUAACUGCCAUAAAAACUCCAUACCUACCUGAUGGUCGAUUUGAUCUUGAAGCAUAUGAUGCUUUGGUAAAUAUGCAGAUCGAGAAUGGAGUUGAAGGUGUUAUUGUUGGUGGCACAACUGGUGAAGGCCAACUAAUGAGCUGGGAAGAGCACAUAAUGCUUAUUGCGCACACAGUCAACUGUUUUGGUGGGAAUAUUAAGGUUAUUGGAAAUACCGGAAGCAACUCGACCAGGGAAGCAAUUCAUGCCACAGAGCAGGGUUUUGCAGUUGGAAUGCAUGCUGCCCUUCAUAUAAACCCUUACUAUGGCAAAACCUCCUUGGAUGGUAUGGUUGCUCACUUUCAAAGUGUGCUUUCCAUGGGGCCCACGAUCAUAUAUAAUGUGCCUUCACGGACUGGUCAAGACAUUCCUCCACAUGUGAUUCAAAACUUAGCUCAAAGUACUUGGUUGGCUGGUGUCAAAGAAUGUGUUGGAAAUGACCGGAUCAAAGAGUAUACUGAUAAUAGAAUUGUUGUGUGGAGUGGGAACGAUGAUCAAUGCCAUGAUGCUAGAUGGGGUUAUGGGGCUACUGGAGUUAUAUCUGUUGCAAGCAACCUAAUUCCUGGUUUAAUGCAACAACUCAUGUUUGUAGGAAAAAAUCCUGCUUUGAAUUCUAAGCUCUUGCCUUUGAUUGACUGGCUUUUCCACAUGCCAAAUCCCAUUGGUUUGAACACGGCUUUAGCUCAACUUGGAGUUGUCAGGCCAGUUUUCAGGCUGCCAUUUGUACCUCUCCCUUUGGAGAAAAGGAUAGAAUUUGUCAAUUUGGUGAAGGAAAUUGGUCGAGAGCAUUUUGUUGGAACCGAAGACGUCCAGGUUCUUGAUGACGACGACUUUUUCUUGGUUAGUCGUUAUUAAUUUAGGUGGUUAGUUGUUAUUUACUUAGGUUACCUUGUAGACUUAUUGUAUCCCUUAUGGGGUUUUCUGUGAAACUUAAAAGACAAGAUUAUGUAUGUUGUAGUCCAUGAUUAGGUAAACUCGACUAAUAAGAUCUUGUUUCUUUUGACUGAUUA